AUGCCUCCUCUGUCGGCGUACACUACGUUUGAGUCCCUACUCUUCUUCCAAUCUCUUGCGACAACCGAUGCCCGACCGACAAGCUUCGGCUCGAUUUCCACGCUGCUGCGCAACAAUCAGCUGGUUCGCGACAAUGUAAAGUUCGAUGCCGGUCGGCUCACUCCGGAGGCGUUGGAGGAUCUUUACGCGACAUUAAUGCGCGAUGGAUUCAGCCGUGACGGUGCGGCCUCGGAGGGUCGACAGCCAGAUGCAUCUAGCCCCAAUCCGAAGAAGCGCAAAAUCUCCAGCCCACGGCCCGCGGAACUGGCUGAGGGGAUCACUCAUGCCACCCUCGUCCCGGAGCUCGUAGCGCAUCUUUACGCGAAAUAUAAAGAGCUGGUGACCAAGGAAAUCCAAGAGGAUGAGAAGAUGUACUCGGAGAUAAGAUCGGAACUGGAACAGCUACGGAAGGAGGACAACAAGCCAGCUGAACUGGACGCCACACCAUCCAAGGAUGAGAACCCCGAGCAAGAGCCGACCGACCCAAUGGAUGUUGAUGUGAAGGAGGAGACGCCGCGCCAAAGUGUGCAAGAUCCUACAGGCAAGCCGCACGAGGAAGCUGUUCCCGUCGCCCAAGACAAGAAACAGGCCGAGCAGCGAAAGCAGCGCAUUGAAGUGAGCAUACCAGCUCCGGUACGAGAAGCCCCGAAACCACAACCUGUGCCACCGGUGGCCCCUUCGUCGAUCACUCAAACACAACCCCCGGUGCCCAAACCUGAAGGGCAGACGGAGCAGCCAGCGCAACCGCAAACCGCAAAGCCCCAACCCACCGGGAAGCCGGCCAUUCAGCCUCUUGCGCCUUCAGCUCAGAAAAUACCACCCACAACACCCGCCGCAGCACGAACUACCCCCUCACACCCGUCACAGAUCGCACCUCGUGCGAAUCCAAUUCCACCUCCGUCCGGUGUGGCAGCUAAACCCGCCCCUCUGUUACCGGCGUCCCAACGAACCCCGGCCCAACCAACCUUCCAGCAGUGGCAGCUGGAUCCCUCUCCUCACUCGCCAUAUCCCCUCAUCUCCCCAGGGGCAACCACACCACAAACCGGGCAGGCUUCUACCAAGCGACCUCUACCACAAUCAACCAACACACCAUUACCCCAAUUUCAACAACAACCAACCCAGCAGACGCCCAGCGCCGUUGCUUCUGGGGUGAACACCCCUAUUCCAAUUGGUCGUCCGCACAUACCACACACCCCAAUUUCCAGACUACCUUCCUUCUCCGAAUCACGCGCCUCUCACCCCCGUCUGUCAAUUGACACACAAGGCUCUUCAACUCCCUGGAAGAGGACUCCGCGACCUGACAUUCCCCAUUCCCCAACAUCACCGCCACGGCCUCGCCCAGAGGACGUGAGUCCCAUCAGCGAACGGGGGUCUCCAAUCGAUGCGAUGGAAAUGUCGCCCCCUCCUAGGAAGUCCUCGGACGAGAGAAGGUCACGGCGUGGCCAACCGGACGCGAAGUCUACACCAACCAUAAAAACUGAAAAGCCACCCUCAACUCGGAGGAUGCGGGCCGUCAGUUCGGCUUCUUCUCGCAGUCGAGGACGAUCGCUGGCUUCCCGUGAUGGAUCAGCUGCGCCUUCUGAUGACACACUGCGAGCAUCCAGCCGCCUCAAGGGUGCACCUGUUACUGCCGAUGAAGAAACCCCAAAGGGCCGAUCGAAACGGAAGCGUGGAGCAAGUGAAGCCCAAGAUAUUGAGCCUCACCCGGCUGACAUUCCUAAAUUUGACACGACCAAAUAUGUCAUGGCUGCCCGGCAGUUCCACCGCACUGCGCAGCCGCUCUUGAAUGACGUUGCAACACACAAGCUUGCCUCCAUAUUUGGCAAACCAAUUGGGGAACGCGAUGCGCCAGGCUACCACGAUCUUAUCUAUCGACCACAGGACUUGAAAACCAUCAAGUCUGCGGUCUAUCAGGGUAGCAAGGCGGUUGCCACCGCAGGGGAAUCAUUCAGUACACCAGGGGAUGGCGAGUCUCCUGCUCCGGGCGGCACGCCUUCCAAAAGCGGCGUGCUCAUGCUCAACAAGACUGAGGAUUUUGUCCCUCCAAAGGGCAUCGUAAACUCCGCACAGUUGGAGAAGGAGCUGAUCCGCAUGUUUGCAAAUGCUAUCAUGUUCAAUCCUAUUCCGCAACGCGGGUUCGGACCUGCUUUCCCCAUGUCCAGUGACCGUGGCUCCCGCGAAAGCACUCAAGUCGGUGAUGGUGAUGAAGGCGGCAUCAUCCAGGAUUCUCUAGAGAUGUUUGAGGAUGUUCAACAAGCCGUUACUCGAUGGCGCGCUGCUGAGCGUACUGCCGACGAGCUCGCGAAUAAGAACGUGCUUUCUUUGAGACGCGGCAGUGCGAGUGACUUUAACACGGAUAGUGCCGAUGACGUGAAAGGGUGA